AUGGAACAAAGGAAUGCCCUUCAUCAUCAGAACGAUUCGAACAACAACAACAACAACCAUCCGAAUCAUGAAAGAGAUUUGGAGAAGCAUCAUAAUCGUAUAGAAUCAAAAAAGGAAACUGAUAAUAGUAAUCCCUCUAUUGAUUUGGAAAGCCAGCAACAUCUUACUCAACAACCAUUCAUCACCAAUGAUGAUGAGCAAAGCAAUUUAGACUUUUACGAAAGCUCAUUCUCAAUAUUUACUCCAUUGAAAGAGGAAGAGGCUCCCAACAGUCAUUCUAACAUUCAUUCAUCAACAAAUACAUAUUCCUCAAAACGAACCAUUCAAUCUUUUAUAUCCUCACUUUUCAGUCAUUCCAUUACAUGGCUUAUUAUUGUUUCAAUUUUAACUGUUUUACUCUGGCAAUUGCCUUCUGAUGUUGGAAAUUAUAUUAUUUAUCCAUUUACAAUAUUUGGAACGUUUUGGCAUGAAUUGGGACAUGCCACAACGGCCCUACUUUGUGGAAAUACUCUCGAGUUUAUCAAAAUUGAAAGCAAUGGAAGUGGAUUAACAGUGUAUCAAGAUGUGACUCAAAACACUUUUUGCAAUGCCUUAAUAAGUGUGAAUGGACCAUUGGGACCCACGUUUUUUGGAUGUCUCAUUAUUUGUUUGAGUGUUGCAUUUGUGAAACAUGAAUUAUUUUCGAGAGUGUUGUUGUCCACCAUUGCCACCAUUGUGUUGAUAGUGACCGCACUGUUCAUUCGAAAAUCAAUAUUUGGAAUGGUUUUUCUUCCAAUAGUGUCUCUUGUGUUGUAUGGAAUAGCACUCAAAGCACCCAAAGUUUUGGUGACCUUCUCUUUGCAAUUCAUUGGUGUACAAAUGGCCAUUUCCAUGUAUGAAAAUUUCAUGUACUUGUUCUCCAAGAUGAAUGGAAAAUCUGAUACUGGAUCUGUGGAAGUUCUCUUUCGUGGAGUGAUCCCUUAUUGGCUGGUAGCGAUUUUAAUUAUUGUGAUUAAUGUGACAUGCAUGACAUUGAGCUUGUGGUUUGUCAUUCGACAUUCUUUGAGAGUUCGUCAAUCAUCAUCCUCUGAUGAGGCAACAGUAGUGGUGAACCAACAACGGUGA